AGGUGGACAUUGAAUUAUGGGUAAUUCAUCAUCAGCACGGAGUGAGAGUAGAGUUGUUAUUGUUGGUGGAGGUUAUGGUGGAACUAGUGUUGCAAUUGACUUAGAUAAUUACUGUCAUGUUAUUCUAAUUGAUCCUAAAGCAUACUUCCAUCAUUGUAUUGGCUCAUUACGUGCCGCUGUCACCUCUGCUGGCUUUGAAAAGAAAAUAUUUAUUCCGUAUGAACCAGCAAUCAAGAAUGGGGAAUUUAAACAAGGCACUGUGAUUGGCAUUAACACGUCUGAGAAAUAUGUCACACUGCAGAGUGAAGAAAAGAUAGAGUAUGAUUACUUGGUGUUUGCUUGUGGAUCCUCCAACGAUUUCCCAGGUAUCUCAAUAGUGCGUAGAACCGAAAUAUAGUUAAUUUGGCAUCAACAAUAAAGUCGAAUUUUAAAUUUGAUAUAGGAGGCUUUAUAAACAUCGCAGACGUUCUUAUUGCCAGAUUGCAUUUAUUAUUCCCAAAUCGGGGGAGGUGGGGGGGGGGGAUGGGCAAUGGAAAAUCCAGGGGGAAAGGGUGAUUAAAAGACCAAAAUCGAGGGGAGGGUUUGUUAUAUAGUCAUUGUCCAAAAUAAAAGAUGCCAUGCACCCCCAUGGAGAAAAUAAAUUCAAUCUGCCAUUUAUUAUUUCAUAUCAAUUUAUAUGGAAUACCUUUUUUUUCUAAAGAUGAACGUUAAUUAUUGUUAUGUAUUUUAUUUAUUUGCUCUCUUUAUGUUUUAGGCAAGCUGCCUUUAGGUUCAUCGCAAGAAAAUGCAGAACAGUUGUAUGAAGAAUUGAGGAAUAAGGUACUUAAGCCCUGUAUGGGCAAACUAGGAAACAUUGUUGCGGAAACAUUGUUGCGGAAACAUUGUUGCGGAAACAUUGUUUCCUACCAAUGUUUCGCCAUGUUUGAAACAAUAGUGAGAAACAUAGGGAAACGUCAAAUGUUUCUGAAUUCGCUAGGAAACAUUUUUGCUUCUCGGGAAGCAAAUUUUGUUUCCGCAACAAUGUUUCCACGGGUGGGCAAACUGGGAAACAUUUGAGGAAACAUCGAGAAUCACAAAUGUUUCUACAACAAUGUUUCCUAGUUUGCCCAGAGCUUUAGACAAGUUCAAAGACGACAAUUUUGCUAGCAAAACCAGAGGAACUACUGGCCUAAUCGGUAGAUCUACACAUUCGCGGGUUAAAUUAUAGAGAUGUCGGCAGAGGAGAUUAAGGUUUGAUUUUUCAUCUAACUAAUUUUCAUGAUCACCAUUUGAAUAUUUCCUGUAGGUGAAAGAAAGUAAGAAUAUCGUUAUUAUUGGCGGAGGACCAAUUGGCAUUGAAAUGGCGGGAGAAAUUGUUGAUGAGUAUGAUGAUAAAAAUAUCCAUAUUAUUCACAGUCGAGACACAUUAUGUGAUCCUGCAUUGAGUGCUAAAUUUCACAAAAACCUUUUGGAUGCUGUGAAGAAGAAAGGAAUAAAUGUUGUGCUGGGGGAGAGAGUGAACCUUGAUGAAAUUGAUGUGAGUAACGUGCGCUGAAUUUGUUACAAUUAUUUAUUUAGGAAAGCUCUUCAUCUGUAAGCGCGGAUCUUGAUUCAUUCAAUACAAACUUUUAUUAUUAUUUAUUAGUUUAAUAAAAUCGUAUCGCAGUACAAACUGAAUUACACGAUUAUAAAUAUAACAACUAGAUAAAAUAUAUACAUAGAGUCACAAUGUUAAAGUUACUGUAUAUCAGAGGUUGCCAAUUAUCUACAUUUAAAAAGCCUGUUAAAGGCGGUUAGGUGAAGGACAACGAUAAAAUAGGUUAUAAUGUUCAAUAGUCUAUAGUUCAAAAAUAGGUCAAUAAGUGUAAAAUUACAGGGCAUGCUCUGCCCAAAGUCGUGGAUUUUCUCUGGGCCAUCCAGUUUCUUCCCUCAGGGUGAACGGGUGAGGAACAAAGUAAUAUCGCAAUUGUUGUAACUAAGUAGGUAAUAUAGGUAAGCACGUGAUACUCGAUGUAAUCUGUCAUUGAAAAGCCCGCCAAUGGGGAGUUAGCUGAAUAUUGUAUAAAGUCGAACGCUCUGUGCCCGCUCAGGUAGUGACAGGAACAGCUGUGGAUUGAUAGGGAUUCAACUACAUGAAAAAUACAAGGAAAACGUCGACGUUUCGAGCUAAAGGGGCAGUUCUUUGUUUGCACAUGACGUCACUACGUCUCAUCAGGCGCCAUCUGUGUUGAUUUUAAAGUUUUGUCCAGCCGCUUACAUCGAAAUAGUUGAAUUACUUUAAUAUUUUUGGUUUGUUUUGAAAAUAUCUUACUGCAUGUAUUAUGGAUAGUUUACGAUUUCUGGCACAAAACGACAAAGAAUGAAGAAUAUAGAUUUUUAGUUGCCAAGAAAAUCAACCAAGAUGGCGUCGAUUGCAAACGAGCGAUUAUACAAGUAAAACGUCAAUCCCCCGCCCUUCGUAGCUGCUACUAUUACAUUUCCCCCUUUUCCCACCCACGCGUGUUUCUCGCGUGUUUCUCCCGUGCCGGGACGAGGCUGGCUACUAUUAACUACGAAGGGCGUGGGAUUGCCGUUUUACUUUUAUAUUUCAGAUACUAGUUGAAUCCCUUUCAAACUACAGCUUUCUGAAUAAUGUAUAAUCCCUGGAUUUGGCUUAAAAACAACGACGGUUUGGCUUUUUGGUCAUUGUCAACAUUUAAAAUCGCUGAGAACCCAUAAGACAGUAAAUUACUUGUCUGGUGUCAAUAUUUGUACUGUGUUCGAUGUUUUAGUUUAAAAGUGGAAUCGGCUGGGUGUCUGGUCCACUCAAAGUAACCACGAACAACCCAGAAACAAAUAUCGAUGCUGAUCUGUUGUUGAAAUGUAUUGGAUUAAGUUUAAAUAGCGGAGCAUACCAGUCCAGUCUGUCGGACAAGAUGGAUGAAAAGAAGCAACUUAAAGUGAAUGAAUAUUUCCAAGUUGAAGACUUUGAGAAUGUCUUUGCCAUUGGUGAUUGUUGUAACAGCAAGGAGAUAAAAGAAGCUUUUGUUGCAGGCUUGCAUGCAGGUAACAAGUGUCUGGGACGCACGAGCACGUCUUUCUUUCAUUCAAGAGUUUAAGAUACCUUCAAGAGUUUAAGUUUUCCGACGGAAAAUUUUUGUUGGCCAAUGACAUUUUACAAAAUCAGGGUGUUAGCCAGAAGAAAAAAAAUUUGGUCCGUUAUACGUAAAUUGGGAAAAUUUUAACUGAACAUUUAAUAUUUUUCCCGAAAUUUUUAUGUUUUGCCCAAUUUCGCAUUGAUUUUUGACCGACCGUAAAAAUUUUGGGGGACACGUGCCAAUUUUUCAGUAGACCCAGUUGGGAAAGCCCUCAAUUGGGAAGAGUCCGUCAAACGGACAGUAUAUGGGCUGGCUACAUAGAUAUAGGAGAUCUAGAUUGCUAACGCAUACCUAGCGCAGGCGGGGCCUACAUGAUAAAUCCAAGAUGGCGGUACAACAGGGCAAAAAGACUAUAGAUUCUAUUACGAAAAUCAGGAUUUUUUCAUUUUUGCCGUCGCAUUGUUUUGAAACUUAUUCGGUCAAAUUUUAUGGUAAAGAGAAACUUACCGCGAAGAUUUUGAGCAUAUAUAUGACUGAAUUGGACGAAAAAUCGCAAAAUUAUCCAGCGAUAAAAGUUCGUGUGAAAUGGUCAGUUGGUCAGUUGGAGCGUUUUAUUGCCAGAAAUACUGUGCUAUGUUAACAUCUAGCCUUGUGAAUGGUGUUUUAUACUUGCAUCUCUCAUCAUCAUCUGCUCUGUCCUCAUAAUUAUGAAAAAUGAACUGUUAUGUACCCCCCCCCCUCCCUAGGCCUCCUUGCUUGUUAGAGAAGUAAACUGAUGAGAGCACUGGAUAAGGGUCUAUCAUCUAUGGUCUGUUAUAAUUUGCUUUCUAUGCAAAUAGUGAGCAAAAAUUAAAGCAAAACUGUACAAGUUACAUAUAUAGUACUAUAUCAGUACUAUACACGAACUUUUAUCGACGGAUAAUUUUGCGAGUUUUCAUCCAAUUCAAUCAUAUAUAUGCUCAAAAUCUUCGCGGUAAGUUUCUCUUUACCAUAAAAUUUGACCGAAUAAGUUUCGAAACAAUGCGACGGCAAAAAAUGCAAAAAUCCUGAUUUUCGUAAUAGAAUCUAUAGUCUUUUUGCCCUGUUGUACCGCCAUCUUGGAUUUAUCAUGUAGGCCCCGCCUGCGCUAGGUAUGCGUUAGCAAUCUAGAUCUCCUAUAUCUAUGGCUGGCUAACACCCUGAAAAUUUUUUUCUGCGGAAAAUUUUCUUGAGUGGAAAUGGGCCUUAAAGGCGGUUUUCCACUAGGGGAAAUUUUUCGACCGAAUCGAAAUUUUCUUUUGUCUUACAAGCACUCAGAUGGAACUAAACAGAAAUCUUUUGAAUUUGAACAAUACAAUUUUCGAUUCGGUCGAAAAAUUUCGCCUAGUGGAAAACCGCCUUUAAGGCCUGAUUCCACGAGGCGGAAUUUUUCGACCGAAACGAAAUUUCUCUUUGUCUUUUUACAAUUAGUUCUGCUUGAGAGCUCAUGAAACAAAGAAAAAUUUCGAUUCGGUCGAAAAAUUUCGCCUAGUGGAAAACCGCCUUUACACUAGCGAAUUUUUUCGCGCGAAGCGACCUUUUUCCUUUGUCAGUAUCACUUAUUACGUCAGCAAGACGUGGCAAAAUGGAUGCCGACAAAGGAAAAAGGUCGCUUCGCGCGAAAAAAUUCGCUAGUGGAAAACCGGAUUUAAACCUCACAAUCGUCGGCCUCUAAGCACGAACAAUAUGAGACAAAUUUGGCUAACCAGCGCUAACGUUUGUUUAUAUACCCAAUUCACAAGUAAUAAGAAAGCCGUUUACAUAGAAAAAAAUUUACAAUUACAACUGAGACUAGAGCAAGAAAUAAAAACUAACAAAAUAAUUAGUAUUUGUGACAGGAGUCUGAAACAGAACUUGCGUCCCAAUUGAUAUCAAACCCCUUAAUGAUUAGUGUCUUCAAGUAAAAACACACACACACUUAACCGGAAACUAUUCCGGCGGGCAAUACAGUACAGUACAGAAGCAGUACAGAAGCAUAGAAUAGAACUACGCUUUAGAAUUAUCGACAUGACUCAUGAGUGAAUAACUCUUAUACAUAAUUCUAAUGCGUAGUUAGGUUUGUUUUAUUCUACGUUUCUGUAAACUAGAACAAUAGUAACUAGGCAUGUGAGUAUUCCAAAGUUGUGAAUCGGGUAGAAACGAUGUAAUUUAGAUAUUUUUUUUUUAUUUAUACUCUUUCAUUACAUAGUUGGAAUUUGAAAAAAAAAACCCCAAAAAACAACAACAAUUAGAAAUACAGAAAUUAGAGUAAAGGCUACCUAUAAUAACUAUAUAAACUAUAUAAAAGCUAAUCAAGUUAGGUAGCACAUGUGACUCAACUUGGAGACAAAACAAGACGGCAGAUAAGAAAUACAAUAGGAAAAGAAAAAGACUUAGCUCACUAAUACAUCAAAACGUUAUCACAGAAGACAAUAAAAAGACGACACACACAUAAAUAUUAAGUUAUUUACAUGGAAGUAUAAAUAUUGUAUCAUCAAAGAUGUCUACAAAACCAGAUUCGUCAAAGGUAUGAUUGAAUUAUAUCUUUUUAAGGAUUUGAUUUCCCUAUCAAUAGAAUUCCAGAUUAGCCUGCCACAAUAACGUAUGUUAAACUUGCCAUAAUUUGUCCGAACUUUUGGAAGGUAUAUAAUAGCUGUUUAGCAGAAGACCUCGUAUUAUAAUUAUGCACCUCGGUAACAUUUUUAAAGAAAUUAUCAAAUAUAGUUGGUAAAUUGCCGGUGUGAAAAUCAAACAUAAAUAGAGCAUUUUGAUAAUAUAUCAAGUCAGGAAACUUAAGUAUGUUAAGCUGCUUAAAAAGUGGAGAGGUAUGACUUUUGAAGCUAGAGAAUGUUAUAAUUCUUACUACUUUUUUUGUAAUAAAGUUAAAACGUUUAGGUUGCAUGGAUGCAUAUGUAUUACCCCAUACCGUUAAAGCAUAUGUUAGAUAUGGAUAAAUCAAUGUAUAGUAUAAUUGUUGGAGUAUUUCUGUAAUUCUGUGCCAACGAAGUAGCGAAUUUUUGAGAUAAUACCAAUAUACCAAUAAUAAAUAUGACCCAAAAAAAUCAAGAGAACAAGCGCACCAACAAUUCUAUACAGCAAGUCCACCCCUACAUUCAGACCAAUAAUCCAACUUCUGCACGAUAUCGAACCAAAUCCUGGACCAACAAACCCCUCUCAUGCUAACGGGUUGUUUUGAUCUGCCUAAGAAGACGAAAGGAUUCGUAACUGGUCAUCUCAACAUCCGAAGUAUCAAAUGUGGAACUAAACUAGACGAAAUAAAGGCUCUCUUAAUCCAAAAACCUACCAUCCAUAUUAUAUCAUUCUCAGAAACCUGGCAGACGACAUGCUCCUCAUUCCAAAUUAUACGUUCGUAAGACACCACAGAUCUGCUAAUACCUCUGGUGGAGGUAUUAUCACCUAUAUCCAUAACGAUAUUCCAUAUGUUCAAAGAGCAGACCUGAUAUCUAACUAUGUAGAAUCAACGUGCAUUGAAGUCAAACUGCGCUAUGUAUCACUCAUUUUAAUGAUGAACGUGUACAGACCGCCAUCCGCAGACAGUUUCAUGGCACCUGCCUCGUAGAAAUUACGGACAGAAUGACAUCAGAACAUAAAGAAUGCUUUAUACUAGGAGACUUUAACAUAAAUAUCCUAUCAGAGAAAUCAAAAUCUAACGCAUUCUCUAAACGUGUAGACACCUUGGACUGAAGCAGUUAGUGACAGUACCAACUAGAACGGAAGUUCGGUAUGUAGAUGGAACAUUCAACAUCACUUCAACUCUUAUUGACCAUAUUUACUGCUCAACCGAAAGAAACAUUGCUUCUAUUCAUGUACCACCACUUUCUCUCAGUGGUCACUUUCCUGUUUUACUCGUGCGUCGUUGUCAUGCUUCAUCAAGACCAAAAAAUGAAACAAACACCAUACAAUAUCGAUCAUUAUCCAACGUCAACGAAGCGAAUUUUCGAAAUGAUUACGCUCAGCUCCUUGCAUGGUCCUCAUUUGACGAUCCAUCUGAUGCACUCGCACUUUGGUAUGAGAUGUUUGAAAAUAUCGUUGAACGACAUGUACCGCUACGAACAAAAAAGGUUAAAUCUUUACAACUCCCUAAAUGGAGGACACCUGAAAUCCUUACUGGUAUUAGACAAAGAGAUGAUCUGAACACGGAUAGGAACCAUUCGAUGGGAAACUUUUACACGUCUUCGAAACAAAAUAACAUCUGA